AUGGCCGACAUUCAGAAGCCCGUUGAGGUCCCUACCGCUGCCGUUGAGCCGGUCGCCGUUGCUGUCCCCGAAACGGCUCCCGCUCUCGAGGUUCCCGCUGUCACCCAGGACACACCCGUCGACGUCGCUGCUGCUCCCGCCACUGAGGAGAGUAAGACUGAGGAGCCCGCUGCUGCUGAGGAGGUCAAGGAGGAGGCCAAGCCCAUCGAGGAGGGUCAUCUUGGCUACAAGGCCCAGGGCCUGAGCUUCCCCAAGAACCUGCUCGGUAGCAAGGAGUUCUUCUUCUUCAGUUCGGAGGCCGUCGAGGCCAAGGCUCUCGAGACCUACAAGAAGGCCCAGAAGUCCGCCGAGGGCGCUCUCGACAACAUCUCCUGGGCUGCUCACACUGGCAAGGGUCUCCUCUUCUCUGGCGACAAGAAGGCCCCCCACACCGUCAUCAACCUGUCUCACGCUUCUGAGCCGGAGGUCGAUGGCAACAAGUUCCACUUCACUGCCAAGGGUAACAAGCACACCUUCAAGGCCGCUAACGUCGCCGAGCGAGACAACUGGGUCGCCCAGAUCAAGGCCAAGAUCGCCGAGGCCAAGGAGAUUGCCGUCUCCGUCACCGAGUCUGAGGCUUACAAGAACACUCUUGAGUCUCUGAAGCCCGCUCCUAAGGAGGAGGCCAAGACUGCUGAGCCUGUUGUCGCUGAGGAGGCUACCGACGCCCCCAAGACUGAGGACGCCCCCAAGGAGGACGUUGAGGCUGCUAAGGAGGAGCCCAAGACUGAGGAGCCCAAGCGUCGCUCUGCCAGCCGCAAGCGCGCUUCCUUCUUCGGCUUCGGCAAAAAGGACGUCCUGCCCAAGGAGGAGACCAAGACUGAGGAGACCCCUGCUGAGGCCGCUGCCCCCGUCGAGGCUGUUGCCCCCGUCGAGGCCACCGAGGCUAACACUGAGGUUGCUCCCGCUGAGGAGGCCGUUGCCCCCGUCGAGGCUACCGAGGAGCCCGCCGCCGAGGCCGUCAAGCCCACUGCCAACAAGCGCAAUAGCUUCUUCGGUGGUGUCUUCUCCAAGAAAGAGAAGAAGGCUGCUGAGCCCAAGGCCGUUGAGAACGAGGCUGCCGCCGAGGAGACUGAGGGCGCUGCUGAGACUGCUCCCGUCAUCCCUCCCGUUGACACCACCACCCCUCUCGCUGAGGAGGUGAUUGCCGCUGACCCCGUCGAGGCCGCCGCCCCUGUCGAGCCCAAGACCGACGUCAAGGAGAAGCGCAAGUCUUCUCUUCCCUUCUUCGGCAAGCGCGAUGCCUCCCCCUCCACCGGUGAGGCCAAGACUGGUGCUUUCUCCAAGCUCCGUGCUACUAUCAAGGGCAAGGGCGCCACCAAGGCCGAGGAGGCCAAGGAGGAGGCCGCCAAGUCUCAGGAGACUGCCACUGAGACCACGACUGACGCUCAGCCUAAGACGGAGGAAACCGCUGCCGACAUCCACGAGCAGGUUAUCAAGGCUGCCGAGGGUGAGGGCGAGAAGAAGACCGAGGCGACCGCUGCUGCUCCCGCUGUCACCGCCUCUGCUUAG